UUGAUAGUGGUUACAAUGGAUGAUAGUGAAUAAUUAUGGACAUGCUUUCAAAAAGGCGUAUUCUGAACAAGUGGAGUUUGCAACAUCAAAAGUUCGAAGCAAGGCAAUCGAUCAACAGGGCUCAGUCACUCAGUACUAUGCUUAGUACUUUUUUAAAUAUCUAUCGGGAAGUCUGGCUGGGAGAAUGGAAGAAAUUCAGACGCUCAAAUGACUUCUUUUACAAUAACGUGGAGAGGAAAGGAAACACACAAAAAGAUGAUGCGAAUAGCAGUGUGUCAUAUGAAUCUCAAUUUUUUGAACAAGAAAAUGAAUUUGGGGAUUUGAAUGAACAAAGUGAAGAUAUUGCUGAAAAUUAUGACAAGCACCAAGAGUUAACCACCAAAACACAGAGUCAUUUGUCACCCACUGGCCACUAUACUGGGCUAUUGUUACAGUUUGACUUUGCAUCAAAUGUAUCAUGUCAGCAAUCCUUUGUUGUUCAUGAUUAUAAUGCAAACAAAAGAACAAUUAUGCAUAAUUCAUUUGUAUUUGUACAUCGAUAUCCCCACCUAUUGCUUGAUGGCUAUGGUUGGAUAUUGUGCUGCUCAUGUGAUGCAAAUAGAAAGCAAUUUGUUGAUGCCCUACCUAAUAAUAUACAAUUAGAUCCUCAAAAAGAUAUACCAUAUCCGAGUUGCAUACACAUAUUAGCAAUGGAAAAAUAUCUGGUUGUGUAUGAUAGAAAGUUUGGUAUUGAAGCCAAAGAUUUUAUUGAAAAAAAAUCCACAUCCAUGAUGCAGUCUGUUUUCAGUGAUCAUUCCUACCAUGAGAUGCAACCUGAAGAAGACUUGUUUAGUGCAGUGUGCAGGGAGGUUUAG